AUGAUGGACUUUUUGCAGCGCCUGGCGCGCUUCCUCGAUCGGCCGCUCUUCCCUUGGAAGCGCCUGAUCAUGGGCUUCUCGAUCGGCCACUACGUAUUCGAAUCGUUCCUCACGUUCCGUCAAUAUCGUGUCCUGAACCGCCCAUCUCCUCCCCAGGUCCUCGCUAAAGAAGUGUCCACCGCCGACUUCGAAAAGUCCCAGGCUUACGGCCGCGCAAAGGCCAAGUUCUCCAUGGUUAACGGCCUUUGGGACCUCCUCCAGAAUCUCGCAGUGUACCAGUUCGACGUCCUUCCCAAGCUCUGGGAUCUGACGGGCGACCUACUCCUCAGGAUAGCGUCUGCGCGCUUCACGGGCGAACUGAGCCAUUCCAUCGUCUUCAUCCUCUCGUUUCUCGCUGUCCAGCAAGUGUUCAACCUUCCGUCCCAGCUGUACUACACCUUCGUCUUGGAGGAGAAGUAUGGCUUCAACAAGCAGACCCCGGCCCUUUUCUUCACGGACAUGAUCAAGACCAAUCUCAUCACUGCCGUCGUUCUGCCGCCAAUUCUCGCUGGCUUCCUCAAGAUCAUCCAGAAGACGGGCAACCAGUUCUUCUUCUAUCUCUGGACAUUCGCGGCUGGUCUCCAGGUCUUCAUGACGGCUGCCUACCCAACCUUCAUUCUUCCUCUGUUCAACAAGCUAUCGCCGCUCGAAGAGGGCGAGUUGAAGACCAAGGUGGACGGCCUCGCCGAGCAGCUCAAGUUCCCUCUUCACGAGCUCCUUGUCAUCGACGGCAGCAAGCGCAGUGCUCACUCCAACGCCUACUUCUUCGGUCUCCCCUGGAAAAAGCACAUUGUCCUAUACGAUACGCUCAUCAAUGACCACAGCCCGGACGAGGUCAAGGCCGUCUUGGGCCACGAGCUCGGACACUGGAAGAUGGGCCACACAUCGAAGCUCAUGGGCAUCUCGCAGGCGCACCUGCUAUACGUUUUUACCCUCUUCUCCGUCUUCAUCAACAAUGGCUCACUCUACUCCUCGUUCGGGUUCCUCUCCCAGCGCCCCAUUAUCAUUGGCUUCCUCCUGUUUAACGAAACCCUGGCGCCGUUCGACAUGCUCGUCAAGCUGGGCAUGAACAUGGUCACGCGCAAGUACGAGUUCGAGGCAGACAAGUUUGCCAAGGAUCUCGGCAUGUCGAAGGACUUGGCCAAGUCCCUCCUCAGGCUGCACACCAAGAAUCUGAGCAGCCUUGAUGCUGACCCCAUCUACGCCACGUACCACUUCUCGCACCCCCACGUCACUGAGCGACUCAAGGCUCUAGGGUGGACCGGUGAGGAGAAGGUGCUCGAUGGUGAUGUGAAGGAGGGUGUCGUCAAGGCCUCUGGCAGGGACGAGCUUUAG